AUGUUUGCCUCCCCUGAUUACAAACCAUACUCCAACAGCGUCAAAUUGGAUGAUCUGCCACCAUCAGGUCAGAAAUGGAACAAUGCAUUAAAUCCCUUUGCUGAACACAUACUGCAGCCCCCAGUCAAACGGGAGGAGGGGGACGGCAAUGAUAAUAUACCAUUCCCAGAAAAACAGUUGGGGCCUGAAGCAGUUUUCAAGGAAGGGGUCCUAGGAAACUAUGAGCCUAAAGAAGUGAAACAGUAUGGGCCAGGAGAGGAAGGCAAGCCUGUGGUGACAAGUCUGGAGGAAAAAGACGAAGCUGACCGCCAGACUAGAGAGUAUGGGUUUAAUAUGGUUGCCAGCGACAAGGUGGCAAUGAACCGGACAAUACCAGAUACCAGAAUGCCAGAGUGUAAAUACUGGCACUACCCUGAAGACCUGCCUACUGCCAGUGUGAUUGUUGUCUUCUUCAAUGAAGGCUGGUCGACCCUGAUGAGAACUGUACACAGCAUCAUCAACACAAGUCCCCCGAAACUGCUAAAGGAGGUUGUGCUUAUUGAUGAUGGCAGUGAUUAUGAUUUCUUGCAGGAGAGACUGGAGACAUACAUCAAACAGUUCAACGGGCUGGUGAAGCUGUUUAGGAAUCCAGACCGGCUUGGACUGAUCACAGCAAGAACUAGAGGAGCUGAGCAUUCCACAGGGGACGUCAUUGUGUUCCUGGACGCACAUUGUGAGUGCAACAGGAAUUGGUUGCCCCCCUUGCUGACCCGCAUCAAACAUGACAGGACUAUCUUGGCGGUGCCGAUUGUUGAUGGCAUCAACUGGGACACCAUGGCAUACUAUCCCGUCUACGACCACAACCACCACCGAGGGAUAUUUGAGUGGGGAUUUCUUUACAAGGAGAAGCUGGUGCCACAGAAAGUCUUGGACGAAAGAAAACAUCCCAGUGAGCCAUAUAAGUCUCCAACCCACGCCGGAGGGCUCCUGGCCAUGGACAGAGCCUAUUUCUUUGAGCUGGGAGGAUAUGAUCCCGGUCUGAAGAUCUGGGGAGGCGAGAACUAUGAGUUAGCUUUUAAGGUGUGGAUGUGUGGUGGCAGCUCUGAGUGGGUCCCAUGUUCUAGGGUGGGUCACAUCUACAGAGGUCCCAGAGUUGGAGGCGCUCCCAAGAAACGGCAAGAGGAGCCGAAAGUUCCUCAUUCCUAUGCGAAUUAUCUACGAGUUAUACAUGUCUGGAUGGAAGAUGAGUUUAAAGAAUAUUUCUACGCAAGAGAGCCCUGGUUGCGGGGAGCACCCUACGGAGAUAUCAGUGCUCAAUUGCAGCUGAAAAAAGAUAAAAAGUGUAAGAGUUUCCGCUGGUUUAUGGAGAACGUGGCGUAUGAUGUUUACGAAAAGUUUCCCCCUUUACCACCCAAUGUGGCCUGGGGUGAGCUUCGUCAUAAAGGCAGCGACCGUAAGUGCUGGGACACCAUUGGUCAGUCGGUGAACGGUGGGCCCAUAGGGGUCUUCUUCUGCCACGGACAGGGUGGCAAUCAGCUGUUCCGCUUGAACGCUAAAGGGCAGCUCGGGUUGGGAGAAAGGUGUAUCUUGGAUGAGAACAAGGACACUCUACAUAUACGGGUCUGUGACAUACAACCAGAUGGGCCUUGGGAGUUCAAAAAGGAAACAGGACAACUCAGGCACACCACACUGGACAAAUGUGUGGGCACCUCAAGUGAUGACAAACUCCACCUGCAGCCCUGCGACCCAGCGAAUGCAUCCCAGCAGUGGGAGUUUAAUGAAAUCUACCCAUGGAAGAACUGA